CAUCAGCAUUAAACAUCAUUCAGUCAUCUGAAUAAGUUGCUUUUGUCUCUUUACCAGUACAGAUGGCUCCACCAAAGUCAGUGCCCAGCAAAGAAGGAAAGUCGGUCCCAGCAGCCAAGGAAGGGCCUGCAACCGGAGCAACAAAACCAGAACCAGCAAAACCAGCACAAGACAAAUCUGCUCCUCCGAAAACCACAAAAGCUCCUGAAAAGACCAAUCCUACACCUGGACCGGAAUCAACGACAGCAGCCCAGGAACCAGCUGAAGCCCCAAAUGCAGAUUUUAAAUAUGAUCCUGCCAUUGUAGGUAACCUCACUCCUGAACAACUUGAAGAAUUCAAAGAAACGUUCCUGCUGUUUGCCAGAACACCCAUAGGGGGGAUGAAGAUUACAUUAGCUCAAUGUGGAGAUGUGAUCCGAGCUUUGGGUCAGAACCCAACCAAUGCUGAAGUACUGAACGUCCUCGGGAAACCAAAGCCAGAAGAGAUGGAGUCCAGGUUAAUUGACUUUGAGAGUUUUCUGCCCAUGUACCACCAAGUUUUAAAAACAACUAAAAGUGGCACGUUUCAUGAUUUUGUGGAGGGCCUUCGGGUCUUUGACAGAGAAGGCAAUGGAACAGUCAUGGGGGCUGAACUACGCCACGUGCUUGCGACUUUGGGUGAGAGACUGACUGAAGGUGAGGUGGAGCAGCUCAUGUCCGGACAAGAGGACACAAAUGGUUGUAUUAAAUAUGAGGACUUUAUAAGACAUGUCAUGACUGGAUGAGGUUUUUCUUCAGGUGUAGUGGAGGGUCACAGCUGUCUUGCAGAUCAAGACGACUUUUCAAUGAAUCAACAAUUGUGUAAAGGUUUACAUAACUAGUUAAAAUAAAUGUGUUCCUAAACCAA